GAAAAAUCGGAUUUUGGGUUUAAGUUGGCAAUAAAUUUCACUGGUUCACAAUGUUUUCAAAAACCUAACCUAACAACUGUGUUAUUGUUAAAAAUUGUAUUUUCCUACAAAAAAGAUGUUAGCGGUCCAAGGGAUGAAUCAAUCGGGGAUCCCCGAUAAAAUGUGGCAGCCCCCUUUUGUGUCGUUCGAAACAACUAUGGGUGAAUUUACUGUAGAGUUGUAUUGGAAACAUGCCCCCACAACUUGUAGAAACUUUGCCGAGUUAUCCAGAAGGGGUUACUAUAAUAAUACAAUACUACACAGAAUUAUUAGGGAUUUUAUGAUACAAGGGGGUGAUCCAACAGGGACAGGUAAAGGAGGUCUCUCUAUAUACGGACAAACCUUUAAGGACGAAAUUCACACAGAACUGAAGCACAGUGGGGCAGGAAUUUUGUCUAUGGCAAAUUCAGGUGCAGAUACAAACGGGUCACAAUUUUUUAUAACGUUGGCACCCACACAGUGGUUGGACGGUAAACACGCGAUUUUUGGGAGAAUAAAUUCCGGAAUGACGGUGGUGAGAAGGAUAGGGCUUGUUGAAACAGAUGGAAAUGAUCGGCCAGUUGAAGAAGUGAAAAUUUUGAGGGCCAAAAUAAUUAAGAAUUAAUUAAGUGAAUAAAAAACGUUUUCUAC